CUCGUCGUGGAGCAGUGACAAGAGGUUGCUCAACUUUUGAUGGAAAACAGGAGGUCGGACGACUGCUGACUUUAAAGGUGAUAGUGAGCAGAGGUGCUGAGAAUGAUGGAACAUCUCAGCGAAGCGUGUUUGGGCAAGGAGAACUCUGAGCUGGUCAACAGCAUGGCAGAGGCCAAGGCACCGCCGGCCAAGUUGCCCCGGCUGGAGCAGAACGGCAGCCCCCUGGGCCGGGCCAGGCUGGGCAGCACUGGGGCCAAACUAGCCGGGGUCCCGUACAAACCCACCAGCCACCUGCUGAAGACCUGCCACAAGAGAGGCAACAUGCUGCCUGUGUUCUGUGUAGUCGAGCACUACGAGAAUCCCAUGGAUUUUGACAGCAAGGAGGAGCAUGCCGAGUUCGUCCUGGUGCGUAAGGACAUGCUCUUCAACCAGCUCAUUGAGAUGGCUCUGCUGUCGCUGGGCUACUCCCACAGCUCAGCGGCCCAGGCCAAAGGCAUGAUUCAGGUGGGGAAGUGGAACCCUGUCCCCCUGUCAUAUGUGACAGAUGCACCGGAUGCCACAGUGGCCGACAUGCUGCAGGACGUCUACCACGUGGUCACGCUUAAGAUCCAGCUGCACAGUUGUCCUAAGCUGGAGGACCUGCCGCCCGAGCAAUGGAGCCACUCUACAGUAAGAAACGCCCUCAAGGAGUUACUCAAAGACAUGAAUCAGAGCUCUCUGGCUAAAGAAUGUCCCUUAUCACAGAGUAUGAUUUCCUCCAUUGUGAACAGCACUUACUAUGCAAAUGUGUCGGCGGCGAAGUGUCAGGAAUUUGGGCGCUGGUAUAAACAUUUCAAGAAGACAAAAGAUAUGAUGGGCAUGCGCCAACCCUCCCAGCUGGAGGGCUACCUGGGUACGUGUGUCCUCCGAGAGAGCCCGCGUGCCAAUGCACUAGCUGAGAUGGAUGGCCUGUCUGACCUCUCCCCACCCGGCUCUAACCAUAACCACAAUCACCUGGGCUACUCCCAGCAGCAGCAGCCUAUCCCCGGCAGCACAGCAGAGCAGACCCCCUCCUCGCCAGUGCCGCCACUGCCUCACGCUCCACCAUCACACGGUGGCCAGACAGGAGGCCGGCAGCCCCAGCUCCCUGGUCUGCACCACCCAGGCCUGGUGUCGACACCCAUUAGCCCUCAGCUGGUCAACCAGCAGCUUGUGAUGGCACAGAUCCUCAACCAGCAGUAUGCAGUGAACCGGCUGCUGGCGCAGCAGUCCCUAUCGCAGCAGUACCUCAACCACCCACCUGUCAACCGCAGCUCCCAUACCAAGCCCCUGGAGCCACAGGUGGCAUCAAACACAGAGGUGUCCUCCGAGAUUUACCAGUGGGUGAGGGACGAGCUGAAGCGGGCUGGCAUCUCACAGGCUGUCUUUGCCCGUGUGGCCUUCAACAGAACCCAGGGCUUGCUGUCUGAGAUCCUACGCAAGGAGGAAGACCCUAAAACAGCAUCCCAGUCGCUGCUGGUCAACCUGCGCGCCAUGCAGAACUUCCUGCAGCUGCCAGAGGCUGAGCGUGACCGCAUUUAUCAGGAGGAGAGGGAGCGCAGCCUGACAGCCGCCUCUGCAAUGGGCUCAGCUCCACUCAUUAGCACUCCACCCAGCCGACCUGUACAGCCCCGGAGGGAAGACUGUAACAGCGUAAGGCCUGAGGACUGGAAUCCCCGAAUCCCCGUGGGCAUUUCCCCUGUGAAACCGUCACCUCUGCCUAGCGAGUGGAACGGCAAGACAGAGAGCUGCAUCCUUAACAUCAACUCCACCAUCUAUGAUGAGAUCCAGCAAGAGAUGAAGAGGGCCAAAGUUUCCCAGGCUCUGUUCGCUAAGGUGGCUGCUUCAAAGAGCCAGGGCUGGCUCUGUGAGCUGCUUCGCUGGAAGGAGGACCCGUCUCCGGAGAACCGGACGCUCUGGGAGAACCUCUCCAUGAUCCGACGCUUCCUGAGCCUCUCGCAGGCCGAACGGGAUGCCAUCUACGAGCAGGAGAGCGGCGCCGGGCAGCAGCACCACAACGAGCGGCCGUCGCACUUGAUGCACGUUUCCACCGACCAGCUACAGGCGCAGCCGCCCCAGUCACAGCAGCAGCACCAGCCCUCCCUGUCCCUCCAGCACCCCUCCCAGCCCCUUUUGUCCCAGCAGCCUUUGCAGCAACAGCAGCCCACCACCGGCCCGCGGUUGCCGCCUCGUCAACCCUCCACCGCCUCUCCAGCCGAGACGGAGGACGAGGGCAGCCGCGGCGGGACCAUCAAGUCCCGCACCGGCGGAGGGAAGAUCUCCCUGGAGGCUCUGGGCAUCCUGCAGAGUUUCAUCCAGGACGUGGGCCUGUACCCCGACGAGGAGGCCAUCCACACCCUGUCGGCCCAGCUGGACCUGCCCAAGCUCACCAUCAUCAAGUUCUUCCAGAACCAGCGCUUCUACGUCAAUCACCCAGCCAAGGCGCCCAAGGAGCCCAGUAACAACAACAACAGCACUGCAGCCACCACCAACACCAACAGCAGCAGCAGCAGCAGCCCGGCCUUCGAGGAGGACUUGACGGACUUCAGGGAGAGCGGAGAGCUGCUGAAGGAGCUGGACGAGAGCACGCAGACCAACAACACCAUCUUCUCCAUCAAGAUCGAAGAGCAGCUGGGCCGAGGCGCCGAGGCCCAGUCAGAGUUGGAGCACGAGGCCAAGGAGUAGGACUCUCCCCGUCUGAACAUAUACUGAGAGUUUUCUUGUGCACACACAAACUGAUGACCGUGCUAAAUGUAACGCUCUGGCCAACACAGAACCACUGCACUGCAAAUAAAGAAAAGUAGUGUUUUUAAUCAGUACAGCGUACGGACUGUAUGAGGAGUGUUUAUAUAUAUAUACUGUAUCAGUUGCAGACUGGCAGGCUAUGUGAAGUGAGUGCUCACACACUGGAAAGCCCAUUUCAGACUCAAGUACUACUUUUUGGAUUUUGUAAAACUUGUAUUAUUCACUGUAAAGACUGCUGCAUCAUUUAAAUAAUCUGCACAAAAAAUUAUUCUAAGUAUGUUGCCGUGGAUAUUUGCUGACUGCACUCUAUGUCUGUUGUUUUACACUGACUUACUUUAUCUUUUUGAGCUACUGAAUAUAUUUAAAAAGAAAAAAGUCGCCCUGGAGUUUGCUAGGACUUUGAUAGGUGUUUACGUAUGUGAUGUUUAACUGGAUUUUUUAAAAAAUAGAAAAUGAAAUCGAGGACCAAGUGGUAGACAAGGCCUUAAUCAUGAGGUAUCAAGUCUGGAGCCUGCUGGCAGAUUAGUUAUUCUUUUAAAAAGCGCAUAAAGUGAUAAUGGAUCACUCCAAACUCUGGAACUCGAUCACCCAGCCCAGGUGCAUCUCCAAGAAUAGCUCAGUCUUUACAUAUUAUUUGUUAGGGAGGAAAUAUAAAUAUAUAUAUAUACAUAUAUUGUAACUGUAAAAAAAAUACAGUCUUAAAGAAACUAUGCCAACAAAUGCCUUGUACUAUACGGCACUGCCGAUGUUAGAUUAUUUUGCAAAACCUUUGUCACUGUAACUUUCUGAAUUGCCACACAGUUAGAAAUGUGAAUUACACCAUGUUUAUGUUGUCCGACAUUAUUUAUUUGCAGUUCAUGCAGUGUUUCUGAUGUAAUUACUUUUUUAAAAGUUUAUGUUACGUAGCGCUUUUUUAAAUUCCACCAAUCUUUUUUCUAUUUAUAAAUGUAAUUUCGAUGGGCAGUAGAAACAAAAAGUGUCUUAAACGUUUUAAAUGGAGAAAUGUGCUUUAAAGGUUGCCUAUAAAAAGUGCUGUAUGUCAAGCAACUCAUGCUACAAGCUUCACGAUUAAUGUUGUAUGCAAUUUUUACUAUCAUGCAAAUAAGCUUAGGUAAAAAGACUAACCUAUAGAACACCUUAGAAAGAAAAACAUAUGCAAUCUGUGUGAAAAUCGAUGUCUGCGAUGUGUCUUCCUUUGGUUAACAAUCCAAUUCAAAAAGCUAUUCCUGUAUAAAUAUUCUGUAUAAAAGUGUUUCUUUUUUAUGAGUUUAUUUCAAUGAGAACACCAGUUAUUUUGUUACGACUGACUGUUUUAUAAGUGUUUCUCGGUUCCUUUCUUCAGAAAUGUUCUAACUAGAAGUGGUUAUUGAUUGUUAAUUACACAAUUAAACUGUUUGUAUUGUACCACAGAUUUCUUGGCAUUAACUUGACCAGACUCUUUUGACACCAGAGAGGUUUUUUUUUUUUUUCUCCUCUGGAAACAAAAGAUGAAACAAUGUGAAUUGUUUUAAAACCUACUGGUGAGAUAUCAUCCCCAGUUACUGACUCAUUCAGCUGCAGUCGCUCAACACGUUAUUUGUAAUAACUGUAAAUAUCACAUCUUAUGAAUCAUUGAUUGUUUAUUAUUGUAAAUAUAUUUGAAGUUUGUGCAAGAGCUCAACGUACAUAGUUGAAAUCAACGUUCUGUCGUGCCUCUUCCUCUCCAACCGACUGUACCUGGGCUCUUCUGCAUCUUCACUUCUACUGAGUGUAUCUGGAGCACCUGUGAAAUCUGAAAUAAAUAAAUGUUGGGUGUGAACACCUGUAAUAGCAAAGCCCUCCGCAGGGAGUUAACUUAUAAAAACAGCACAGGUGUCCUGACCUCACUGUGAACCCGAGGUGAGGCCAGGUGUCUGCACCUUUAGGAAAUUACCCUCACCUGUUAACACCCUGAGAUAUGUG